UGGUACAGCGAAGACCUAAACCUAAAGGAGGAUAUAAGAUAUAAAACCUAAAGGGUUUGGUUGGUUCCUUUCCCUCUCCCAAAAAAAACUCCGAUUAUGGCCGGAUCUCUAGGUCUUACGCCGGAGUCCUUGAAGGCUUCUGGCCGGAUCUCCGAGAAGCUCAGCCUUCCUAUCCUUCAGAGCCAAAUCAAGCGUGAACCAGAGGGUUACGAAACGGAGGUCCAUUUGAUUUACAAACAGUUCAGAGCCUCCGUCGAUCUCUUGCAGCAACAGGCGGCUCUCACUUUCUCCUCCGUCGGCCCCGGCCCUUCCGUUGCUAAGGAACUCGGCGACCGAGCCAUGUUUCUCGCUCAUGUCACUCCGUUUUAUCCGAACCAGCUCGCCGCUUUUCCAGCUCAAUUGACUGAUUUACUCCGUACCUCAUGCCUGGCAAUGCCGUCGGGGCUUCGGUAUCAAGUUGCGCAAUCUCUGAUUCUUCUUAUGUAUCGAAAGAGUCUUGUCAUCGAGGAUUUGUUAGCUCUGUUUCUAGAUAUUCAGACUCUUGGUGAUAAAAACUUGCGAAAGCUUGCUUUCUCUCACAUUGUUCAAACCAUUCGUAAAAUGAGUAUCACUGAUCCAAGGCACAAAUCUCUUCAGAAGAUUGUUUUCUCUAUGUUGGAGCAAGAAGAUGAAACCAAGGCUAAGAGAGCACUUGUUACCCUUUGUGAGCUUCACAAGAGAAAAGUCUGGUUUGGUGAUAAACAUGACAGAGUAGCAAUUGCCAUUUGUGAAGCCUGCUUUCAUACUUCACCUAGGAUCAGGAUAUCUUCCCUUCGGUUUCUUCUUGACUACGACAACAUUAACGAUGAGGAUGAUAGUGAUGCUUCAAGCAGCGAUGACGAGGAUUCAAAGAAAGUAUCUCAGGUUGUGUUUAACAGAGAGGCUGUUUACAAGGCCAACAACAAAGGUACAUCUUCUAGCAAGAAGAAAAAGCAAGCAAAACUGCAACGCGCCAUGCGAAGUAUUAAACGAAAGCAGCGUGCGUCGUCUGAGAACACUACUUCAACUUAUUCACCUCUUAAUCAUCUAAAUGAUGCACAGAACUUUGCAAAGAGGUUGCUUCGCCGUAUUAGGCCUAAGUUUGACAAGAGCAGUGGGAAAACUAAUGACAAGAGCAGUGGGGAAACUAAUGACAAGAGCAGUGGGGAAACUAAUGACAAGAGCAGUGGGGAAACUAAUGACAAGAGCAGUGGGGAAACUAAUGACAAGAGCAGUGGGGAAACUAAUGAACGGCCUGAGACCAGGUUGAUGAUUAUAAAAGUUAUUGCACGAACUAUUAGUCUUCACAAGUUGCUUUUAUUCAAAUUUUAUACUUAUCUUCAAGGCUAUGCUAAGGAUGGUGUAAAGGACAUUACACAAAUACUUGCAGCAGCAGUUCAGGCUUGCCAUGAUGGGGUACCUUCGGAUGCCGUGGAGCCACUGUUCAAGAAAAUAGUGAAUGAGUUUUUACACGAUCGCUCAAAUCCGGAGGCUAUUCCUGUCGCACUCAAUGUGGUACGAGAAAUGUGCCUUAGGAUUCCCGAGUUGAUGACAGAAGACUUGCUGCAUGAUCUUGCUCAGUAUAAAACGGAUAAAAAGUACCGUACCCAUAGAAAAGCCAUCUCAGCAGCAUCUGCUUCCCUCAUAGCAUUGUUCAGAGAGAUCAACCCUUUGCUACUAGUGAAAAAAGACCGUGGCCGUCCUGGAGGUCACAUUGCCAGACCUAAAAAGUAUGGAGAAAUCAAUGUCUUCAGUAAUGUUCCCAAUGUUGAGUUAUUGCAAGAAAGUGAUGAUGAUGAAGUGGCGUUGCCUGGGACUGAUGAUAUCGGACAGGAGCUGAUAACUGAGGACGAGGCUGAAGAAGAUUCUAAUGAUGGUGAUGAUAUGAAUAACAACACUGAAGAUGAUAGUGAUAUUGAUGACGUGGCAUUGCCUGGCAGUGAUGAUAUCGAACAGGAGCUGAUAACUGAGGACGAGGCUGAAGAAGAUUCUAAUGAUGGUGAUGAUAUGAAUAACACUGAAGAUGAUAGUGAUAUUGAUGACGUGGCGUUGCCUGGCAGUGAUGACAUCGAACAGGAGCUGAUACCUGGUGGAACUAAUGACGAGGCUGAAGAAGAUUCUAAUGAUGGUGAUGAUAUGCAUAGCACUGAAAUUGAUACUUUGGUCAGUGGGGAUGAAGAGAAUGACAGUGAUGAAGCCGAGACUGAUUGGGAAAACGAAGAAGAUGAUGGAGAAGCUUCUGUGGAGGGUAGUGGAAACAGAGAGAAAGCAGAGGGGAAGAAAAGGAAGUUAGUAGAUUUUGAUGCGAGUUUCCUCGCUGCUGAUACAAGCCUACGAGCACUAAAGAGAUGCGCAGAAGCAAAGAGGGAACAGCCAUCUUUUGCAGAAAGAGAUGGCAUACUUUCCAAUGAGGACUUCCAAAAAAUCAAAGAACUUAAGGCAAAGAAGGAUGCGAAAAUUGCAUUGGCUCGAAAAGGAUUCAAAGUUCCGGAUUCUGAUAAGCUAAGUAAGAAGCUGGUCAAUCCAGCCAAACUUGAAGCUCACAUAAGGCAUAAACUAACAAAAGAAGAAAGGCUGGAGUUAGUUAAAGCGGGUAGGGAGGACCGAGGGAAAUACAAAUCCAAGACUGCCAUCAAGCAGAAGAAGACUGGAGGAUCGAGCAAUAGACAGAAGGAGCACAAGAAGAAUAUGCCUCUCGCUGCAGUAAGAUCAAAGGCUGGGAAAUCAAAGCGAGUCAAGAAAAAGAAGAAUAGCCUCAGCGGAAGCCAGUUCAGAGGAAGGAAAGCUUGGAAGUGAAAUUGAGCCAAACUCAUAUCCUUCUUUUUAUAUCUCCCUUUAUUAAAUUAUUUAACAUACUGGAAAAUUAAAUCAUUAUUACAAAACUUCCUGAUUUCUCAUAUUGGACUUGAUGAUAUGCUGUUUGAUGAACUUUACUUGUCCAUGAUAUUAUUAUCAUCACAGUUCACUUUCUCAUA